GCCCUGCUGCCUGAACGACUGUGAGAUGACAAUAGAGAGAAUGGAGAACGUGGAGGUCUUCAAUUCUGAGGGCAAAGGCAGGGGUCUGAAGGCCACUAAGGAGUUCUGGGCUGCGGAUAUCAUCUUUGCUGAGCGGGCUUAUUCUGCAGUGGUUUUUGACAGCCUCGUUAACUUCGUGUGCCACACCUGCUUCAAGAGGCAGGAGAAGCUCCAUCGCUGCGGGCAGUGCAAGUUUGCUCAUUACUGUGACCGCACCUGUCAGAAGGAUGCUUGGCUGAACCACAAGAAUGAGUGUUCGGCCAUCAAGAGAUACGGGAAGGUGCCCAAUGAGAACAUCAGGCUGGCGGCACGCAUCAUGUGGCGGGUGGAGAGAGAGGGCACCGGGCUCACCGAGGGCUGCCUGGUCUCCAUGGACGACCUGCAGAACCAUGUGGAGCACUUCGGGGAGGAGGAGCAGAAGGAGCUGCGGGUGGACGUGGACACUUUCUUGCAGUACUGGCCGCCCCAGAGCCAGCAGUUCAGCAUGCAGUACAUCUCGCACAUCUUCGGCGUGAUCAACUGCAAUGGCUUCACACUCAGUGACCAGAGAGGCCUGCAGGCAGUGGGUGUGGGCGUCUUCCCCAACCUGGGCCUGGUCAACCAUGACUGUUGGCCCAACUGCACCGUCAUAUUUAACAAUGGCAAUCAUGAGGCAGUGAAAUCCAUGUUUCACACCCAGAUGAGAAUUGAGCUCCGGGCCCUGGGCAAGAUCUCAGAGGGAGAGGAGCUGACGGUGUCCUACAUCGACUUCCUGAACGUCAGUGAAGAACGCAAGAGGCAGCUCAAGAAGCAGUACUACUUCGACUGCACGUGCGAGCACUGCCAGAAAGGGCUGAAGGACGACCUCUUCCUGGGGGUGAAAGACGACCCCAAGCCCUCUCAGGAUGUGGUGAAGGAGGUAGUACAAUUCUCCAAGGAUACACUGGAAAAAAUUGACAAGGCUCGAACUGAGGGUUUGUACCAUGAGGUUGUGAAAUUAUGCCGGGAGUGCCUGCAGAAGCAGGAGCCAGUGUUUGCUGACACCAACCUCUACAUGCUGCGGAUACUGAGCAUUGUUUCGGAGGUCCUCUCCUACCUUCAGGCCUUUGAGGAGGCCUCAUACUACGCCAGGAAGAUGGUGGAUGGCUAUAUGAAGCUGUACCACCCCAACAAUGCCCAGCUGGGCAUGGCUGUGAUGCGCGCAGGGCUGACCAACUGGCAUGCUGGUAACAUAGAGGUGGGGCACGGGAUGAUUUGCAAAGCCUACGCCAUUCUCCUGGUGACACAUGGACCCUCCCACCCAAUCACCAAGGACUUAGAGGCCAUGCGGGUGCAGACGGAGAUGGAGCUGCGCAUGUUCCGCCAGAACGAGUUCAUGUACCACAAGAUGCGUGAGGCCGCCCUGAACAACCAGCCCAUGCAGGUCAUGGCCGAGCCCAGCAAUGAGCCAGCCCCUGCUCUGUUCCAUAAGAAGCAGUGAGGACCUGCCUGGUGGGGGAGGGGCGCUGUGGCUGGGGAAUGGGAAAACAUUCUGGAGUGGUGGGCUUCUGGGGAGACCCUUGAUGAGGAAGUCAGAGUAACACUCAACCUUGUUGCUGUGGGAGGAUACUGUUCUGUGUUCCUCAGUGUCAUUUUGGUUUAUUUCAAUUCAGUUCAGCUCAAUUUAACUCUAUCCCAGCCCAGGCCAGCCCAGCCUAACUCACCCUACAAAUGUUUAUUUGGGUUGUAGGCCCUAGAGAUAAAGAAGCUCCAAAUGUGGCUGGGGAGGGAAGACAUAAACACUUAAAGCACAGUGUUAUAAUAAAUGCAAUGGUAAACUAUACGGAGAGAGGGGAUGCAGUGGAGGGUGUGUGUCUUGUGUGUGUGUGUAUGUGCAGUGGAGCGUCUCAUGGAGGAGAUGACAUCUGAGCUGAGAGUUGCAGGUGCCUGGAGCCUUGGGUGGCUGCUCACCCAUCUGUGUAGGUGUCCCUGCGGCUCCUCGUCUCACCCUUGGUCUGAAAUAUUAGGGUUUGGCUGACAAGGAUGGGUGAUGUCCAUUUUCCUCAGGUUAGCGUGGAGUUAUGAAGAAGGGGCUGUUUUUGGGCCACUUAGGUUCUACUCAGAGAACUGAAACCUCUUCAGAAUGGUGAAUAUGCAGAAAGAGGUGAGGGCUUUGCCCAAACCGCUUGAGGACUCAGUUUAAAGUCUAGGUUCCAAGUAUUAUUCUGAAACGGCUUCUAGAACACAGAGAGAGAAUGUCUCCUUUCCCCACCCUCACUGCCAAGCCUUGUGGUUCCCUGUGAUGUGGGGGCUACUUGGACAAUAUCUGAGAUUUUUCUGGCUGUUGGCCUACCAGGAUUGAACAAGUCUUUUCAGGGUGAAGCUGAGGGAGAAACUUGGAAUCACGCAUACCUGAUUACCACAGGUCCAGCAGAAUUGGCCUUUGGGCGUUUUAUUUGGUUACACGUGCCUGGGGGUCUUAGUAGCUUAGACUUCAUCAUUGGCCCCCAGUAAAUCUCUAUUCUUAGUAAUGAAUAAUUAUGACUUCCCUUGCUUAAUUUCUUUCACUGUCUGUGCCCUGGGGCCUCUGCUCUUCUCACCAAAGGGGACAUCUAAUCUGGACUCUGCACACCUACGUUAGGAUCCAUUUGGUGUGUGACCAACUUGCUCUCAUCGCCUGAAACCUGCUAUGGUUUCCAUCCAAAAGUGAGGGUCUUGGGAAUCAACCAGUCUGGUUGUCCUGUUAUCUUCUGGGAUCCCAAGCUUCUCACCAGUGUUUUGGGGGAUCCUGGAGCAAAGCUCUCCAUUUGGGGGAGUGUCACAAAGUUUUCUUUACCACCAGGGGCCACUCUUGACCCCAGAGCUCUAGCUAACAUCUUGAAGUCAAGUGAUCCCACCAAGGCCCCAUAUUUUCAUCUCUGCCUAGAGCAUUCUCCCCCUUUUAUCAUCAGAAUAACCCACUGCAUCCCUGUGAACGUGUCCAGUGGCUCUGCAAAUGUGCCAAAAACUUUGUCCAAAAACUCUGCAAAUGUGCCACCUCUUUGCAAAAUACUUGCACCUGGCAUUUGGCUCUUCUUUGAGGAUAUUUGCUUCUCUAGAAGAUUUCACAGGAAGACCGACAGGUAGACAGACAGGUCUUCAGGUCUUCCAAGCCCCCAAACUACAGGCCGAGACAUGGCACCAGCCUUCUCCCAGGGACCCAACUGGCACAUUGAAAUGAUCGUUCUUAUACCCUCGUAUAUAGCCUCCCCCCAAACCCUCUUCCCUUCUUUGUCACUGUUGUCUGCCAAUCACUGGUCAUUCCUCCAUAUUCACGAUCUUGUUUUUUCUCCCCUCUCCCUCAAAUUUGGUGUUUUUGAAGUCUACUCACAUGAAUCAUCUAAUUCUCUUACUUCACAUACUCUUUACUUACUCAAUUCCAGGUGCCUUUCCAUUUUCUCCAUUAACUCUCUCCUGGCCACACCCUGGACACUCAUCACUCAUUAUUUCUCCAUUUUUGAUGGCUAACUUUCUGGUCAUUGUUUCCACCUUUUCACCUCUGUCCCUUUUCUCCAACCCAAAUUACUAUAUGGCCCCUGUAUACUCUAGAGUCUCACCCUCCUCCUCGGUUUGUCAGCCUUCCUUCCUUUUUGCCCAUUCUCUCUCCCUGCCUGGCAGAGUCCCAACCCUGGGUUAAUUCACCUGUCUUGCUUUUCCUCUGCUGCAUCUGGAGGUGCUGAGUACAGAUAGGGAAGACAGCACCUCUCUGAGCACAGGCCCCUCUAUGGACUCCCCCUGUGGAUCCUCCCUCUAUGGACACUCAGCUGGCCUUUGGGUACAGCCCAGAGGUGCUUCAUGUGCCUCUCAUUGAGUCUUGCGCUUUUUCCCAGGAGCUAUUUCAGGCCUUCACUUCUGUCUUCGAGUCUUUUGCUUUCAGCAGAACCUCAUCUCCUACUUUAUGGAGAGUAUAGAAGCCAGAACAUGGGAUUCCCUCAAUUUCCUCUUCCACGCAUGGCACCAGCCUUCAGAGCAUGUUGCGUCUGUGCUCAUCCUUGCCUCCCCUCCUUCUCACACCAAUGGAACAGGAGCCCCUCUCCUCCUCCAAAGCUAAACUCACCACCUGUGCUCUGGAGCCCUUCCACUCCUAUAUCCUCAGGGCCUUGCUUUACCCAUUAUUCAUUCUCCACCCUGGAUCCUUGACAUUUCUCUGUCCACUGGCUUCUUCAAUGCAGUCAAUAAACUUGCUGGAGACUCUUUGAUUGUAAUCUUCACAGCUGUGUUUCUUUUUAAAUGAUUUGUCUCUCAAAGUUGUUACUUGCCUUUCUUCACUUUCCAUUUCUUCCUGAACCCACUGAACGCUGGCCUCCUGAACGUCACUAAAAUGGCUCUUACCAAGGUCAACUCUACUGGAUACUUUUCAGUCCUUGUGUUGUUUGGCCUUUCUGCGUCAGUUGACAGUCCCAGCCCUUGAUUUCUGGGACACCACUUCCUUGUGAUGAUCCUCUGAUGUGGUUUCUCAGUCUUCUUCUCUGGCCCUGUUUCUCUGCCUGCCCUCGUAGGUUGGCAUUUCCUGGAGUUGGUUUAUUUCUUCCGGUCACUCUUGGUUCAUUCUCAUCUCUCUCUGCACACACUCCCUGCAUGAGCUCAGCCAGGCCCUUUAUUUAAUCACCCCUUGAGGCUGUUAUUUUUAAAUUUGUAUUCCCCGACCUUGCUCUUGAGUUGUUGCCCCACACACCCUCUCGAACAAUCUGCAGCCACACCAAACUCAGCAUGUACAAAGUGAAACUCUUUCUCUUUUCUUUCUCCCUCCCCCUCCAUCUGUUCCUGCUCAGCACACCAGCUGAGAACUCCUGACUUCUGCUCUAGUUACUUCUCAAGUCUCUAUUGUAUCCUACACUUUAGUCAAACCCACUCACUCACCGGUCCCUGAGUGACCCAUGUUCUCCUGUGCCUCUCCUUGAAUUUCAAAACAUUCUUCUUAAAAUGCCUGCAAAUUGCCGACUCCUAAUCAUCUUUCAACAUCCAGUUUGGAAAUCACUGCUUCCGUGAAGCCCUCCCUGAGUGCCUUAGAUUCAGCUGGCUGCCUGUCUGAGUCCUCGUCUUACUCUUGAAGCCCCGUCAUAACACUCUCCUCAUGGCCUUUGAAUUGCCCUUUUACUUGUCUGCCUCCUCCACCAGAUUGUGAGCUCCUGGAGGGCAGGAGCUCUGGCCCUUCGUCCAUCUUUCUAUCCCCAGAACCUGGCACAGGUCCUGGAACUUAGCAGGUGCUCAGAUAAUGCGUGUUGAACGAAUGAAUGAAAAAGUGAAUGAAUUUGCUUAUCUCAGAACAGAAAAGACCUGUAACUGUGUAUUUUGAGUUUUUAUGUUACAGCAGUCAACAAAGGCCAUUAAAUUCUCUGUGUUU